AUGAAUGUUUGUAUCGUAAUCGCCAUAUCCAUUAUCAGAAUUUGUGCCAUUCGGCCUAUAAAUGGUGCUGACGUGCAUAGAGAUGGACUGAAGAUAUCAGUAUACUUGCCCAUAUCAUGUUUUAAUUUUUCAGGGCCUGUUGGACUACCGGGCCACGUGCGGCUGCGGAACUCGGACGUUCACAUUAAGCGGCGCAAGCAUAGCAUAACAAACUCUCACUCUCCUGAGGUAGACCAGUUUAACGCGCAAAUUGCUACGGAUAUUGGCCGAUCCACGGGUACGAUGAAGCAGAUGUCCGAGCUCGCGGCCAACAACCACGAGUACAGCAUCCUUGGCGUGGACUCUGCGGACUACAACUACGACUUUAAUUUCAUCCCGGAGUGGUUCAACACUCUGCCUCCGAGUAUGAACACUCCCAAGGAGUUCGUGCUGGACAGCUUAUCUUCCCUGGCGCACAUGGGACUCAUGUCCCUCAUCUCUUCCGACGUUUUCAGUAAUGCCUACUGCUCCGUGUUUUCAAGUGAGGAGGAGAAGUUGGUUUGCCUUAAAAACAGCGUCGAGACCAUUAAUAAGAUCGCACAAACUGGUAUGUUGAUCACGCACAUGCUGUUGUCAGGGAAACAAAUCAUGUCUCUCAAUUUCCGCGUGCUGGUUGGAGGAAGGACUGCUAAGGAGGCCCUAGUCUCCCUGAACACUCUUGCCUCCAACCCUGAUAACGUUGGACUCAUUAAGACUCUGGGCUCUACCAUUGUCAUGUACAUCACUUUGAUGCGUGAAUUAGUUGGCGACGAAAGUAAGGCUUUGGCUGGAUCGGUCAUUACUAAACUCACUGACCUCCCUGUGGCCUCCAACGUCGCAGACAUCUCCACUGGCGGCUUCGGCCGCGUGAACGUUAUUCUUCCCAGGCCCUCUAGGCUCCACAGGGCCGACUACGAUAUCGCAAAACUCAAGGCCGGUGCCAGCGAGAAGGAGCUGCUGACUUCGGCCUAG